GCGGGACGCGCCGCGCCCCGGACUGUUGUGGAAGCGGGGCUGCGCGGGCGCCAUGGAUCGCUACUCGGGCGCCUUGGAGGAGGCGGCGGACGGGGCUCGGCAGCAGGAGCGGCACUAUCAGCUCCUGUCCGCGCUGCAGAGCCUCGUCAAGGAGCUGCCCAGCUCCUUCCAGCAGCGCCUGUCCUACACUACGCUGAGCGACCUGGCCCUCGCGCUGCUGGACGGCACCGUGUUCGAGAUUGUGCAGGGGCUCCUGGAGAUCCAGCACCUCACUGAGAAGAGCCUGUACAACCAGCGCCUGCGGCUUCAGAACGAGCACCGGGUGCUCAGACAAGCCCUGCGGCAGAAGCACCAGGAGGCCCAGCAGGCCUGCCGCCCACACAACCUGCCAGUACUGCAGGCAGCCCAGCAGCGUGAGCUGGAGGCAGUGGAGCAUCGGAUCCGGGAGGAGCAGCGGGCGAUGGACAGGAAGAUUGUGCUGGAGCUGGACCGGAAGGUGGCUGACCAGCAGAGCACGCUCGAGAAGGCAGGGGUAGCCGGCUUCUACGUGACCACCAACCCACAGGAGCUGACGCUGCAGAUGAACCUCUUGGAGCUCAUCCGGAAGCUACAGCAGAGGGGCUGCCACGUGGGGAAGGGGGGCCUGUGACAGGGCACGCCCCCUGCCCAGCACACCUGAGAAGGCAGCCCUGCCCCACCUGCACCAGAGGCAGCGUUCAGUCACAGAGCUCUCCUUCUGAGGCCCAGCCGCCCGUGACAGGCCUGCGCGUGUCCCCCACCUGUGUGUGGAAGUGGUGUCCAAAUGCAAAGACGGUGUCAUGAAGAGGAGACACAGCCGCCACCUACCCCACGACUCAGUAGAGAGGGGACCCAGAGGCCCUAGCACUUCUCUCUCCACGGGACUAUUGCGACCUUCUGCAAGCCCCAGGCUGCAUGCUGCUGCUGCUGCUGCUGUCCUCGGCUCCCUCCACCAGCAGCUGCAGUCACUGCCUGGGAAGGGCUCCCGGCCCAGGUUCCAUGGGACCCAGAGAAAUAAAGGCGCCUGGGCAAGGCGUGUGCGUGGCCGGUGUGACAGCUGUGCAGCUGAGCCGCAGCCAGCAGAGGGCAGCAUUCCAUCUGCAGCCCGGCACGGGACAGAGACCUGGCCCUGGCUGGCUGAGGACCUCACCCAACUCUGCUCCACAGGGGGCCAGAGAAAGCAGAAACCUACCAGAGCAGGAGGAAACAGGUGGGACUCCGGGGGUCCAAGCAGGGCACCCCAGGAGCCAGGCUUUAGCACUAGGAGCACCUUGAUGGUGCGGGUCUGAGUCCACAAGCCCCUCCCUCCACUGCCAGAGCUGACCCCAUGUGAGGGCCCCCAAACUGGCCCAGAGACCUUGCAACUGGUGGAAAGUGGUUUAUUGAGCAGGUGGGCUCCUCCCACCAAGCUGCCUGUACACUCCCAGGCCUCGUGGGGUACCCCUGCCUUGGGCUUUGUGGCUCAGAGCCUGGCAGGAUUAUGUGGGGAUUGGUGGAGGCACAGCUCUCAUCAGCUCAGGCAGGCAUCAGACUUGGCCCAUAUUAACAGAACUGGGGACCUCUGGCGCAGCCAGCCCUGCCUUCAGCAGGUCUGGGAGUCUUGGGUGUAGAAUCCUGGAAUCCAUGUGCAGCACAGUGAUGGCCGGAGUGCACCCAGGCUGAAACUCCACAGGCCGAGGGGUCGGAGUGCCUGGGCGUGGGCUCUAGGCCGGGCAGUACAGGAGGCUGCGGGUGCGGAGCCGCCGACAGAGCUCCUGCCAGAGCAGCUGCCGCUCUCGCUGGGCGCCCUUCAUGAUGCCACUGUUCUCCAGGGCGCGACGGGACAGGUAGGGCAGCACUUCCAUCACAGGGCCAUAGGGCACGUAUUUGUACACGGGGAAGCCCGCCUGGCCUACAUAUACAGGGCCCACGCAGCCGUGAGUCCCUGACCUAGCCAGGGUGUACCUGCCCACCCUCCCGACCCGGGAGGCCCAUCUUACCCAGGGGGAAGCUGAUCUGGUCACACAUGCCCAGCAGUUGCCCAAAGUACACCUGGCGGUCAGCAGGGUGCAGGCCCAGCUCCUCCAUCCUGUGAAACAGUGAGGCCAAACAGGCGAAAGCCAACCUUAGGAUGCUAUUCCACCCCAAUCCAGGGCAGGGCAUGGCUCCUGCCUCAGCUCACUACCCCACCGUCCACACACCAGCCCCUGUCCCCUCUCCUAUACCCCACAGCCAGGCAUCUUCCUGCUGGGCUGCCCUGUUGCUCCCAGGAGGUGGCUCUCCCCCAGGGGAGCAUUGGGGGGCUGCAAGGUGGCAUCCUUCCCCAGAGCUCCUGUGUGCCAGCUGCAGCAGCUCCAGGCCUCAGCAGGCAGCCACACUCCAACGGAGGCUGUGGCUAAGGUGUUGGGACUUUUAUGUGGAAUGAGCAUGCAAGCCAACACAUCGCUUUUCUACGACACUUUAUAUUCUGUGCACAUGGGGUAAUUCAAAUGCAUUAUCAAGGGGCAACCAUCUGGAAUGCUGGGAUCCCAUAUGGGCACCAGAUGUUUUGCUUCUGAUCUAGCUGCCUGCUAAUGUGCCUGGGGAAGCAGCAGAAAAUGGCUCCAAGUCCUCAGGGCCUCGCACUUAUUCAGGAGACUCAGAUGGAGUCCCCAGGUUCCAGCUGUGGCCUGCCCCAGCCCCAGCUGUUACAACUCUGGGGAAUGAACUGGCAGCAGAAAGGUUCUCUACCCAACCCCCACCACCCCGUCUCUGUAACUCUUGCCUUUCAAAUAAAAAUGUAAGAACAUUUAAAAACAAA